CAACAUGUGAAAUACGGGAAAAUGAACCGUACAAUUAGCCCUGGAAAGAUUAGCUUCGAUCUCGAAGAGAAAAGCAGUUGCGAUAUUCUAGUGAUAAAUGUCGAGAAUUAUUGUAUGUUAAAGAAGUGGAUGUUUCCCUUCCCUGUGUUCGCAAGACGAGAUGCUGAUAUAUUCGUCGUUUCUAUCAAAGUAAAAGAACCAUGUCAUAGUGGAUUUCCUCAGCACGGUGACAAUGAAGAAUAUGCACUUCACGUAUCGCUUGACAAGGCGAUGAUAACGUCCCAAACAGUUUGGGGUGCAGUUAGAGGCAUGGAAUCUCUUAGUCAGCUGAUCUUCUAUGAUCGGAAGAAGUCGAAGUAUUUCAUCCGAACGGUGGAGGUUCAUGAUUUUCCGCGAUUCUCUGUUAGAGGAAUCAUGAUUGAUAGUUCACGCCACUAUCUUUCGAAGAAGGUUAUUAAGCGACAACUGGAUGUCAUGGCUAUGAACAAGAUGAAUGUCUUGCACUGGCAUCUAGUGGAUAGCGAAUCAUUCCCGUAUGUCUCUACAACGUUUCCUCAACUUUCACAAGUGGGUGCUUAUUCAUCACGCCACGUCUACACAUCGAAGGCAAUACGAGACAUCCUUCAGUACGCUAGAAUCCGUGGAAUUCGGGUUAUUCCAGAGUUUGACCUACCAGGUCAUACAGGCUCAUGGAAAGGUCAACCGGAGCUGUUAACAGAGUGUUUCGAUGCAUCGAAAAAACCAACCUACCGAAAUCUGGUAGAUCCAAGCAAGGAGGAAAAUUUCGAGUUCCUCACAAAAUUCUUCUCUGAAGUAGUGAACGCUUUCCCUGAUGAUUUUCUGCACCUAGGAGGUGACGAAGUCGCUGAUUACAUCACAGAAUGCUGGAAAAUUCAGGAUUUUAUGAAGAAAAAGUCUUUCGGUAAUAAUACCACUCUUCUUGAAAACUACUUCUUUGACAGACUUGCCGAGAUCAUCAGCAAUCUUCCGUCAAAACGAAGAAUGGUAUUCUGGCAAGAAGUUUUCGACAAUAAUAAGCCAAAUGGUUCUAUAAUCCAAAUAUGGAAAGGCAAUACUCAUGAGGAAAUCCUACGCGAAGUUAAGGCCGUUACAACGAAAGGCUUUAAUGUGAUUGUCUCUGCUUGCUGUAAUUUCAGUAUAACUUUCAAAGUUAAAUGCUGUAUUGCUUUAACAUAA